CUGUCUGUCUCUGUGCAGACGGCCUUCUGAGUCCCUUUUACGAGGCCCCUCUUUAUUUGUUGAGGCCUAGGGAUACACCCCCCACAUUUUUUUUUUUUUUUGGUUGAAAAUUGGUGAAAAAUUUCUUCCAUUCCAUUAUGGAUCAGCAACGCUUUCUGCAACAGCUGCAGAUUGUCCUCAACCCUACCCAGGGCAACGUUAAGGAAGCUACCGGCAUCCUUCAACGUGAGUACUACAAGUACCCUGAAUCGCUUGUCCUCCUCAUCCAGGUCGCUACUGGACACGAAGAUGCAAAUCUAAGACAACUAGCUGCCGUGGAGGCUCGCUCUCUGGUCAGCAAGCACUGGGUCAAGGUCCAGGCUGGCCAGAAGCCCGCCAUCCGCGAGCAAUUGCUGCGUUCCGGUGUGAGUGAGAGCAAUGAUCUGGUCCGCCAUUCUGUUGCCCGGGUCAUCUCUGCCGUGGCCAAGGUGGACCUCCAGGAUGGCGAGUGGGUUGACCUGCCCAACUUCCUGAUGCGCGCCGCCGACGGAGGCAACAAGGAUGAGCGAGCUGUGGCUGUCUACAUUCUGUUUACUAUCCUCGAAACCCUUGGUGAGGGCUUCGAGGAGAAGUUCCAGGAUUUGUUCAACCUCUUUGGCAAGACCAUUCGCGAUCCCGAGAGCCCCGAGGUCCGUAUCAACACACUUCUAGCGUUGAGCAAGUUGGCUAUGUACCUUGACUCUGCAGAGAACGAGGCCCCUGUGAAGGCAUUCCAGGACCUUGUUCCCUCUAUGGUUGCCGUUCUCAAAGAUGCCAUCGAUCAGCAGGAGGAUGACCGCAUCAUGCAGGCCUUCGAGGUCUUCCAGACCCUGCUCGGCUUCGACCCCGCUCUCUUGACUGUCUACCUGAAAGAUUUGGUGGUUUUCAUGAACGAGAUUUCUGCCAACACUGAGAUCGAUGAGGAUACCCGCACUCAGGCCAUCAGCUUCCUGAUGCAGUGUAUCCAGUACCGCAAGCUUAAGAUCCAGGGCAUGCGUCUUGGUGAGCAGCUGACCCGCACCGCCCUCCAGAUCGUUACCGAACUUGGAGAUGCUUCUCCGAGCGACGAUGAUAUCACUCCUGCCCGCUCUGCUCUUGGUCUUCUCGACAUGCUUGCCCAAAGCUUGCCGCCUAGCCAGGUCGUUGUUCCUCUGCUGCACUCUCUGGGUCAGUAUUUCAACAACAGCAAUCCCGACUACCGCCGCGCUGGUAUCUUGGCUCUUGGAAUGGUCGUCGAGGGUGCUCCUGAUUUUAUCAGCACUCAGAUGAAGGAGAUCUUCCCCAUGGUCCUGCAACUCCUUGCAGACCCAGAGCCCAAGGUUCGCCAGGCAUCUCUGCACACCGUUGCCCGCUUGGCCGAUGAUCUCACUGAGGAUCUUAACCGUGAGCACGAGAAACUGAUGCCUCUGCUCUUCAAGAACGUCGCCAGUGCCAUGCAGGAGUACAAGGGUGAGGAGGAAGGCCCUAUCAUUGAUAUCAUGAAGGCUGGCAUCAGCGCGAUUGACGCUGUUGUCGACGGCUUGGACGAGAAGGAGGUUGCUCCUUACCAGAGCGAACUGGUCCCCAUCCUUCACAAGCUGUUCCAGCACCCCAACUUCAGAAUUAAGGGUCUCGCAGCCGGAGCUCUUGGCUCCCUUGCUUCCUCAGCUGGCGAUUCCUUCUUGCCAUUCUUUGAUGAGUCCAUGCACCUCCUGCAGGACUAUGCUGCUGUCAAGGAUAGCGAGGAGGAACUCGACCUUCGUGCCAGCGUCACUGAUGCUAUGGGUGAGAUGGCUGCUGCCGCUGGCCCUGAACGUUACCAGCCUUACGUUGAGCCCCUCAUGCGUGCUACCGAGGAGGCUCUUCACUUGGGUCACUCCCGUCUCAAGGAGAGCACAUACCUCUUCUGGGCCGCUAUGGCCAAGGUGUAUGCUGAGCACUUUGCUGCUUUCCUCGACGGUGCUGUCAAGGGUCUAUUCAACUGCCUCGAGCAGGAUGAUGAUGACCUUGAACUCUCUCUCGGCGAGGCCGCCAAGGACCUCAUUGGCCAGGAGGUGACUGUUGCCGGCCGCAAGGUGAAGGUUGCCAGCGCUGAUGAUGACGAUGAGCCAGUCGGUGAGGAUGGUGAGAUUGAGGAUGUUGAUCUCGAUGACGAUGAUGCUUGGGACGAUAUUACUGCUACCACUCCCCUUGCCCUCGAGAAGGAAAUUGCCGUCGACGUUAUCGGCGAUCUCAUCACUCACACCAAGAGCGCCUAUCUUCCCUACUUUGAGAAGACUAUUGAGAUGGUUAUGCCCCUCGCAGAGCAUCCUUAUGAAGGUGUCCGCAGGAGCACCAUCAGCACCAUGCACCGCUCCUAUGCUAUGCUCUUCUCUAUCGCCGAGGAGACUGGCCAGAUGGGCAAGUGGCAGCCUGGUCUUCCCCUCCAGGUCGAGCCCGCUAAGGAAGUCAAGAAAUUCGGCGAAAUCCUGAUGACCGCUACCAUCAAGAUGUGGACCGAAGAAGAUGACCGAUCCACUGUCGCUGACAUCAACCGCAACAUGGCUGAGAACCUCCGCUUCUGCGGUCCUUCUCUCAUCGCUGAUGAAACCACUCUCCACAACGUCAUUCAGAUGGUCACCGACAUCAUCACCAAGAAGCACCCCUGUCAGCUCGAGUUCGCUCCCGAGGACGAGACUGCCGAUGCGGGUGAGGAGACCUCUGAGUUCGACUGGAUUGUCGUCGACACUGCUCUUGAUGUUGUUUCCGGCAUGGCUGCAGCUCUCGGUGAAAGCUUUGCAGAGCUAUGGAAGGUCUUCGAGAAGACUAUCCUGCGCUAUGCCGGCAGUACCGAGUCCAUUGAGCGUGCAACGGCUGUUGGUGUUCUCGCUGAGUGCAUUAACGGUAUGGGUGGCGCCUGUACUCAGUUCACCCCUGCCUUCCUCAAGCUCCUGGUCCACCGUUUGAGCGACGAGGAUCCUCAGACCAAGUCGAACGCCGCCUAUGCUGUCGGUCGUCUUAUCGAGCACUCGAACGCCAACUCUGAAAUCGUCAAAGAGUUCCCCACCAUUCUAAGCAGACUCGAACAGUGCCUUCACCAGGAUGUCUCCCGCCUACAGGACAACGCUACUGGCUGUCUCAGCCGUAUGAUCCUCCGCCAUCGUGACAAUAUCCCCAUCAAGGAGGUCCUUCCCGUCCUCGUUUCUAUCCUGCCUCUGAAGAACGAUUAUGAGGAGAAUGAUCCUCUGUACCGCAUGAUUUGCCAGAUGUACAAGUGGGAAGAUGCUACCAUUCGGGAAUUGACCCCCCAGUUCCUGCCUAUCUUCCAGACUGUCCUCUGCGGCGAUGCGGACCAGCUCGAGGACGAGCGCCGUGCCGAACUUAUUGAGCUCGUCAAGUGGUUGAACCAGAUGCAACCUGGCGUCGCCCCUUGGGCUGAGCAGUUGUAAAGACCAAACCGCUAAUGACGUACAGAAGAUAUAAACAAGCUCUUAAUGGAUAGACUGGAACCAAAAAAAAAUAUUACGGAUGACUGUUAGAAAGAUACCCCGGAGCGCAACGCGGCCUAAACCCUCCUUGCGAGAUGUGUGAUGAAAAACAACGUCGAAGACAAAUGAUUUACGAAUGGGAACCACCACCAAACCAAGAACAAAAGCUUUGAUGUAAAUAGCUAUUUAUGAAUUUUUUGCGAAGAUCUACAUGUAGAGCUUUGGAAACAAAACACUUGGAUUCCUUGUCCUGC